CAGACCUGCUGCUCCUCCAGAACUCCUUCACACACAGGCGGCGCUCCGACAGGUCGCCCUUCGCCUCCUCAUCAUGUCCGCCGGCAGCAGAACUCUGGAGGAUCUGAGGAGCCUCCUCACGUCCUGCCAAGGAGCCGAUUCACAGCAGAGGGUGAAGUUCUACGACAGCUGGGCGGAGACCUACGAACAGGACCACAGCAUGAUGGACUACAGGGCUCCACACCAGGCAGUCCACUUCCUGUUUGAGAACUUCUCCGGGCAUCCCGAUGAAGUCCAGGUUCUUGAUGUGGCCUGUGGGUCUGGAUUAGUCGCUAACCUGAUGGUUGAACUGGGUUUCCAGCACUUUUUGGGCGUGGACGGCAGUCGAGGCAUGCUGGAUCAAGCCGCUAAGACCGGCCUCUACAAGGAGCUCAAACUGGCCUUACUGGGAACAGAGCCACUUCCUGCUCAGCCUGGUGUGUUUGACGUGGUGAUGAUCGUCGGCGCCCUACGAGACGGCUUCGUGCCGUUCUCCGUGGUCAGGGAGCUGUGCCUCGCCGCCGCACCAGGUGGAUACGUCUGCAUGUCCAGAAACGGCCUGGAAUCGGAGUCUGGAAACCAGUACAAGGUUUCUCUGGAGGCGGAGCUGCAGCUGAUGGAGGAGGAGGGUCUCUGGAGUCAUGUGGCCACCAAAGAGACGGACCGGUACAUGAUCGACAUGUACAGCAACUGUGACCAUGUGCAGAAGGACAAGUACCUCCAUGGGACCAUGUACCUCUACAGGAAGUUCCUCCUGUAGUCCUUCUGGGCCGGGUCCACCUGGAGCAGGAAGUUCCUCCUGUAGUCCUUUUGGGCCGGGUCCAACUGGAGCAGGAAGUCCCUCCUGUAGUCCUUCUGGGCCGGGUCCACCUGGAGCAGGAAGUUCCUCCUGUAGUCCUUCUGGGCCCGGUCCACCUGGAGCAGGAAGUCCCUCCUGUAGUCCUUCUGGGCCGGUUCCACCUGGAGCAGGAAGUCCCUCCUGUAGUCCUUCUGGGCCGGGUCCACCUGGAGCAGGAAGUCCCUCCUGUAGUCCUUCUGGGCCUGGUCCACCUGGAGCAGGAAGUCCCUUCUGUAGUCCUUCUGGGCUGUGAAACUCAAUAAAUGAAGAACGUCA